CCGCCCUGACGCCGGCAGCUCGUUUAAAAGCCGCUGUUCCCGCUCAUUCCGCCUCGGUCUGUCAACACGGAGCAGACCCGCGAGCUACGAUGGCCAGAACCAAGCAGACCGCCCGGAAGUCCAUCGGAGGAAAACCUCCCCAGAAGCCGCUGCUGGCCAGAGCCGCCCGGAAGAGCGCCCCGCCCGCCGGCGGACAGAAGAAGCCCCGCCGCUUCCGGCCCGGUACCGUGGCUCUGAGGGAGAUCCGCCGCUACCAGAAGUCCACCGAGCUGCUGAUCCUCAAGCUGCCCUUCCAGCGCCUGGUGAAGGAGAUCGCUCAGGACUUAAAGACCGACCUGCGCUUCCAGAUGUCCGCCAUCCUCGCGCUGCAGGAGUCCUGCGAGGCGUACCUGGUCGGCCUGUUCGAGGACACCAACCUGUGCGCCAUCCACGCCAAGAGGGUCACCAUCAUGCCCAAGGACAUCCAGCUGGCCCGCCGCAUCCGCGGAGAGCACCCUUAGAGUCCAGCACUGACCUGGGACCAGCCCAGAGGACAACCAGCGGCUCUUAAAGAGCGAGCCGCGGGUCCUGUCACGUUGCACGACGUCCCCCCAGACACAGAUUCAAUGGACAGUGUAUCAGCACAGAGGAGAGGGACGUGUAUUUAUUAUUUAUAGGAGGUUCACAUGCAAAUUUAAGUUUUUUGGUUUAUAUUAAAUCCUCGUGAAACGUGUCCUGUGUCGUGUGGACUUUGCAAUA